GAUUGGGGGACAAAGAAAUAAAGGAAAAGGGACCCCCCAUAUGAUUUUGAGUGAUAUGUCCAAAAUGGCUUCCUUCACUCAUUUUCCUACCAUAACUCCGACCCAAGGCAUCCAAGGAAGAGAGAGGAGGUCUGAAACUUUCCAUUUCCAUAGCCAUAAUCAAGCUCAAGCCAUAAGGAGGUCCAAGGAAGAAGAAAGAGUUAGAAAAGAAGAGAAAAACCUUGAUUAAUUAAGGAAUUUUACCAAGGUAUUCUAGACUUCUAAAGGAACCUAGGAGUGGCCGGAAAGUCGCCGGAUCCGCUGUAGUUUUCGACGGAAAAUUCAAAGGUCGCCGGAGUUCAAACAAAGGGGAUAAAAACUCGCUAGCGUCAUUUCAAGGUUGAAGCUAGAGCUUACUUCCUUCACCCGUUGCUCGGGAGAUCAAUGGAGAGAAGACGUGGAAUGGGUGGUAGCGAUAGGGCGGUUCGAGGAAAUCCGAGAGGGCGCGCACCGAGGAUAGCCGGGCAAGCCAAUCGGGGGAUAUCAAGGUCGCGUAAAAGGAGAGGUAUGGGCAAUCAAGGCCCACGAACACGAGCCACGAUGGCUGAUCACAAUGUGACUGAAUUCGAGUCGUGGAACUCGGAGGAUGACUCAACUUAUCACCCUCAAAGCGAGUCAGAUGAAACUUCCUUUGAGGAAAACAGUGGAGAGGAUAUACGUAGUAUUCCUCCGGACCAUGUUAGUGAGAUGUACCGAUGGUACCAACGUGAAAGGGGAAGACAACGACAGGGAUCUCAGGAGGGACAUGUAAGAGGCGAGACCUCUCUCAUGAGGGGUCAGGGUGCUCAUAGAGCACAAGUUAGGACAGUCAGAGAUUCUGAUGACGAAGGACCAUUCAUUAAGAUCUCAAAGUACCUCAAGGAGGCUAGAGCCUUGGGGUGCAAACCAUUUGAUGGAACGGGGGACAUAUCGGAAGCAGCCGAGUGGAUAAAAAGGUUAAAUGAUGCAGCUGAUGACAUGCAAGUGGUCCCUGAACGAAAGUUAAGGGUAGCUACUAGAUUAUUGGAGGGCUUAGCUUCUACUUGGUGGGAAGGCACCAAGGGUAAGUUUGACGGGGUUGUCACGUGGGACAACUUCGAGCAAGCAUUCUAUGAGCAGUUUUACACCUCUUUCGAAGUAAAUCGAAAGAGGAGGGAAUAUAUCGAUCUCAAACAGGGAAAUGAGUUUACGGUGAAGCAGCUGGAACAAAGAUUCCGACAUCUGGCAAGGUUUUUGCCUGAGUAUGCCGCAAAUGAGAACCGAAUGGCAAACCAUUUUUGGAAUGCACUCAAUUUGGAAAUACGCGAAAGAGCGACCUACCAAUUCAACAUGACUUUUAGUGAAGUAGUAGCCCAGGGUCUCCAGGGGGAGGAGCUUUGGAAGGAAAGGCAAGCAAGGGAUGCAAAGGAAGCACAAGAAAGAGAUCAGGUGAUCAUUCACCCUCCACGACGAGAGGGGAAGUAUGAACAUCAGAGCAAGGGGAACUCUAACAAGUCAGUUCCGUUUUUCAGUGAGAGCCAGGACUUGGUAAGUCAAAGCUCAAGCACUCGAGGCACGGGGGCACCCAAAUGCGAGAAUUGUAGGCGAAGGCAUUACGGGAGAUGUCGAGAGCCAUCUAGAUGUUACUUUUGUGGAGAAACAGGCCACAUCAAGGUCCUUUGUUCUCAACGUACGCGUGAAGGAACAUCAGGAGCUAGAGGAGGGGUCACAGGGGUUGAAAACCCAACUAGGGUUGCCUCAAACAUGGUACCUUCUACAAGUCAAUGGCGAACUCGCUCGUGAAGGCCGGGAAUGGCGGAAGCCAUUUGUUAGGCCCGACUAUGGCAUAAGGUAUUAUUAAAUUAAACCUUAAUUUCCAUAAAUAUUUUUAUUUUCAAAAUUGUUAGCUUCAGAUAAUGAAUGGAGAAAUGUCUCUCAAGAUUCAGACGUUAAUUUC